AUGUCAGAUACCAAUGUGGAGGACGCCUCCGCGGCGGGAGGAUCCAAUCGGGCGCCCGCGGCUGAUCGGGAUGCCGCUGAGCAGGCGGGAGACUUGGCUGCGGGAGGUGAUGGAGGGCUCCCCGCGGGGGAGGGGGAAGGAGGAGAGCAUGAAGCAAGCACCGCGAAGGGUGAGGAGGGGGGCAAAGAGGAGGGGGAGGUCCCAGAGAUGGUACCUCCGGACGUGAGCGAGGAGCUUGUGGCAUCGAUGGUGGAGAUGGGUUUUGGGAGAAACAGGGCAGUGCGGGCGCUGCACUUCAGCGAGGGUGGCGGGGUGGACUCAGCUGUGGCGUGGCUUGCCGAGCACGAGGAGGAUAUGGACCUGGACGAAGAGCUGCUGGUGCCCAAGAAGAGGAAGAUGACGGCAGAGGAGAUGAAGCAGCAGGCCACGGACCUGGUCCGGCGAGCUAAAGAGCGGCGCCAGCAGGAGGAAAAAGAGCUGCAGAAGACGCAAGAGCGGGAAAGGGUGCGCUAUGGCAAGGAGCUACUCAUGGCCAAGAAGAAAGAAGAGGAAGAGUCGUUGAAACGGCGGCUUGAGGAAAGGAAGCGCGACAAGGAAGAGGAAGCUGCUGCCAGGGCUAAGAUCAAGGCGAAGCUGGAGGAAGACAGGAAGGAAAGACGGAGGAAGCUGGGGCUGCCAGAGGAGCUAACGGAGGAAGAGAAGGCAGAGCUUGAAGAGAAGAGGCGGAAGCGCGAGGAGGAGGGCGGCGGCAAGAAACACGGCCCGCGCUAUGUGCGCCCCGUGGGCACCCUCUCGGACCUCCGGGCCCGCCUGGUGGCCAUGAAGCACGACGCGCCCAGCGAGCCCGCCUUCAAGACCGCCUGCGCGACCCUCCUGAAGUACCUGGGCAACAUCGCUCGCGCGCCCGAGGAGGACAAGUACAGGCGCAUUCGGCUGGCCAACGCGGCGUUUCGGGAGCGCGUGGCGGCGGUGCCCGGGGCCGUGGAAUUUCUGGAGGGCUGCGGUUUCGGGAGGAGCGCCGACGGCGAGUUUUUGGAGAUGGCGGCGGACGGGGUGGACCUGGAGCUGAUGAACGGGGCGGGGGGGCUCGUAGACUCGGCGAUUAAAAACCCGUUCUUCGGGGCCCUGUAG